AUGUUCCGAGGGGGUAGUCCGUUAGUCAUAGUCUACACAAUAAUCCAAGAGAAACUUUAUUCUGCUAAGAAAGGCCAAGGUGCAUAUUGUAACAGUGAAGAAAUAUCAGUAUCAGGACAAACAGAACUCAAAAAAGCUUUGGUGUUUUCAGAAUUCGGCAGCCAUCGUGAUCCCAAAAAGCUUGAAAUUAAAUUUGGCAACAUGUAUAAUAUUAUUAUGAAGAGUCACGGAAUACGGGCUCAGGGCUCAGCGGCUUUAGAUUUGUGUGGUGUUGCUUGUGGCCAGGCCGAUGCUUUUGUUGAAUAUGGAAUUCACGUAUGGGACAUCGCUGCUGGUAUACUGAUAGCAACCGAAGCCGGAGCCACCGUAAUGGACCCAAAUAAUGGAGGAAAACUGGAUAUGAUGAAUCGGCGUAUUUUAUGUGCUUCUUCCCGAAGUUUGGCCCAUCAACUGAGAAGCCAAAUUAAAUCUCAAGAAUUCAUACCCGAUUAACAAUUUUCACCUUCCGUUCACAAAUGAGCCCUUUUUUUUAGUGUUCCCUAUUUUAGUGUUCAAUUGUGAAUGAAAGGCGAAAACUGUUCUUUUUUUUUUCUUUUUCUUUUUCAUUG